AUGACUGCAGAAAUCAAGCAAUUAUUAGAAGGUGAAUUAUGUGAAGAAGAUGUGCUUCAGGUACCAACCAUUCAAAAUUGGAUUCUGGGUUUUUCACAAAAAUGGAAAGAAGCAAUGGCACUUCAUUCCAUGGAUGAGAAUGAAGAUUUCUAA